CAAAACAACAUGGUGUCACCCUGUGGGCAAUGUGAACUUAAACAGGGAGUCUCAGCUCACACAGGAUAAACACCAUCACACCGGCGGGAGAACUCCGGGAUCUUUUAAAGCUCAUGUAUCUGAGAGCGUGUUCUCGGGUUGUGAGGGACACCGCGGUCCUGUGCACACGGCCCCUCGUGUCUGCUCGACAGGGAAGUGCGUCAUGGUUCCUCACAGCGGGAAACGCCGCCUGCAGCAGAGGAGGGAGGAAUGGAUUUAUCUUCACGCCUGCCUGUUUUAUUACAUCAGAGGCGUUUCUCAAUAGACUGAUGAAAGGCAAAGCAGCAGAAGCAGAUGGCAGCUUUUAUCGCCUCCCAGCAUCAGUUCCGCCGGACAGCGGUGAACAACUGUCUCUGCUGCUGAGACCUCCAGAUCAGCCUGACAACGCAAAGGUUUUGAAAGUGGCGAUAUUAGGUGCCCCGAAUGCUGGGAAGUCCACGUUGACAAACCAGCUCCUUCGCACAAAGGUGUUUGCUGUGUCCAAAAAAGUACACACGACACGGGCACGUGCUUUGGGCGUCCUAACAGAGGAUGAUACACAGAUAAUUUUACUGGACACUCCUGGUCUCACUACUCCUUCAAAGGUUAAAAGACAUCAGCUCGAGAAGUCUUUGCUUGUGGAUCCCUGGAACACAGUCAAAGAAGCUGACCUGAUGGUCGUGGUGGUGGAUGUGGCAGACAGAUGGAUGAGCAGGACACUUGACUUUGAGGUGCUCAAAUGUCUGGCCCAGCACCCAGACAUCCCAGCAGUCCUGGUCCUCAAUAAGGUGGACCUGGUGAAAUCGAAGGACAAGCUGCUUGAGAGCACAGUAGAGUUGACAUGUGGAGUGGUGAAUGGACGCAGAAUGCGGGUCAGGCCGGUGAUCAAGCCUCCAUGGGCUGAAAAGAGGCCAGAGAGAGAUUCAGAGUUGUCGCUUGACGAGGACAUGGCAGGGCCCGAGGGGAGCAGUGAGCCAAACUCUACACUGAACAAAGAGCAUCUCAAGGAGCUGAGGAGCCAGCAGGGCUGGCCUCACUUCAAAGAUGUCUUCAUGCUGUCUUCUUUGGACAAAGAGGACGUGGAGACACUAAAGAGUUACUUCAUGGUCGCCGCCAAGCCAGGAUCGUGGCAGUACCACAGUGAGGUCCUUACGGAUCAGAGUCCUGAGGAAGUUUGUACCAACAUCAUCAGAGAGAAGCUUCUGGAGUAUCUGCCGCAGGAAGUGCCUUACUCAAUGACACAGGCUAUUGAGCUCUGGUACGAUAGUGAAAAUGGUGAACUGGAUAUUUCAGUGAAACUUUAUGCCAAGAAAGAAUCUCACAUGUCGAUGGUGAUCGGCCCAGCUGGCCAGAUGGUGGCACGGAUCGCCCGAGAGGCGGGCGAGGACCUGAGCCAGGUCUACCUGAGGGAAGUGAGGCUGAAGCUCUCGGUUAAGCUGAGCAAGUGAAGAGGAUGGAAGUGACUUUAAGCGGUGAAAUCUUAAAGAGAUGAAGAGGUGGGGACGGAUCAGGCUGGAUUUCUCCACAAAGGACAAACGUUAAGAGUCAAGCGAAGGAGAAAAUCCUGUUUGAGUCUGAGCUGGAGUCAUGGGACAGGAAGGACUGUAUCCACAAGCCCAGAGCUCCCACUGAACUUGACACAUAAGGAAAAUAAAUUAUACUCAAAAGUUUGAUGUUUGCAUCAGCAGCAUUCCGUCAGGCAGUCGUAUAAAUCCUAUUUAUUCAAGAUUAAACACCUAAUCUGAUAAACAGUGGUAGAAAAAGUGAUAAAACGGUUAUUGUUGUAAAAUAAACCUUUGUUAAAAAUGUUUUUUUAUAUUUUCUGGAUGUUAUUAUAUGUUUUUGCGUGAUAUCUGACAGUCGAAGAUACAGUGAAAGAGAGAUGAGGAUGACAUGUGACAAAUGUCCCCAACCGAGGCCAUUUGAGGGACCUUGAGGCCAUGUGAUGCAUCAGGGAAAUGGAGAAAACAUGUUAAUGAAAAGCAGCUUAUGCAAGCGACAAAGUGUAAUGAAUUAUAGACAUUUAUUUAUCGCUGAUAUAUUUGAGGUAACAAACACAAUGAAGACUCAUCAAACGGAUGUUUUGACUCAAGUUUGGCGGUGCCUUUACGACUGAGCAGAUUUGGCGAGGUGUGAAAAGGCUGAUGGUUUAUCUUUGGCUGUCAGAGCUGUUUACUUGGCGGGCGCCACGUGCGAACACGGCCUGUAGAUAAACUGAAGUGUGACCUGCGCAGUUGGAUUUCACUCGGAUGUCCCUGAUGUACCAUCCACCCCUGUUCCCUGCACUCCCACAUUACUUUAGCCCUCUCCACUUGGCUUUGAAGUGUGGCCAUCCAUCCCUCUGACUAUCACUUUUUGUUCUGCUGCUCCUUUCUUUUUUUUCCUCCCUGCCCCCUCUCCCUCCCCCUGAUUUUUUUUUUUGGCUCUUAUAAAGCCCAGCACUCCCCCUGAGGGCUGAAUUGUCUCCCUAAUGGAUGGCAAAAUGGAGCACUAACCUGAUGCUAAAAUGGGUCAGAUAAUGGUGAUUAGAUUCAUUCCUGCUGCCUGUGAGUUAACUCGACAGUUACGCUAUCCGGCGCAUCUUGAUGAAUAACCAGCCAGUGGCCUAAAGCGAGGGCGAAGGGAGGAGGGGGGGAGAGGCCUUGAAUGUCUCACAGAAGCUGUGUCAACCCCUCCAGCUCCUUCUGCAAUGGCUGCUUCCCAGUGAUUAGACAAGCCGGCUGCGCAGCAGAGAUCGCCACUUAGACAACCCAACUGCUGCUGGAAAACAUCAUGAGUGAUUUCGCUGGCACAUUAAAGCAAAUCUGCAAACGCAAGAUGUUUAGAAUGCUGAUACCCUGCUUUAGAUGUGACUUACACAAAACAAAGAGGUGACAUAUAAUCUUUAUUUCACAUGCAUCCACAAGUACGUCUAAGAAUGGCAUCAGAAGCUCAUUAAUAACACGUCCAUCACGGUCUUCUCCUGUAUGGGCCUGAUGAUAUUGAGCGAGGGCCAUGGAACCCUUACGAUUACUUAAACUCAGUAAUGGUAACGGUUUGACGGCCCUGCUCUGUAGGGGGGUGCAGCCUGCAGUCAGUUGAGCCCGAGUGUGUGCUGAUAGGAUCCAGAGCGGGAAUGAGACCCUGGAUAGUACAUCAUCUAUACUGUAGUGUCUCUAUAACAAACUUACAGUAUAAGAUGAUAUCCUGUCCAGGGCACAAGACAGAGGCGUUAGCAGCAUGUUAUUGUUGCAGUCUGUGAGACGAAGGAAGAGAAGGUCAAUCGAUGGAACAAAUAUGUUAGAAAUAUUAGUAAAGAAACUAUUAAACUAACUUGGCAUGUAUUUAUAUA